AUGGAGACCCGCGCUGUUUCACAUCCGCGUUCGAGGCUCAAGUGGGACAUGUUCCUCAGUGUCCAAAGAAACACGCGCCACAACAAUUUCACGGAGCGUCUUUAUGAAGCACUCAUCAAGGAACAGGUCCGGGUAUGGAACGGUGAUGCGGAAAGCGGGAGUCAUGAGCUUAGUCCAAGUCUUGUGGAGGCUAUGGAGGACUCGGUGGCUUUCGUAGUCGUCUUAUCCUCUGACUACGCUAAGUCUCACUUGUGUCUUGAAGAAUUAGCCAAGCUGUGCGAUCUGAAAUCGUCACUUGGUUGUUUGAUGUUACCCAUCUUUUAUGAUGUUAAACCAUGGAGCGUUCGGAGACAGAGUCCUUUCGAAAUGGAUUUUGAAGAGCACUCCAAAAGAUUUGGAGAGGAGGAGAUACAAAGAUGGAGGAGAGCCAUGAAUUUAGUCGGAAAUAUCACCGGAUUUAUUCAUAGGUAUGACUCUGAUAUCUUUCAUCUCUAA